AUGUCACAGUAUGACGCUGUUUCGAGAUACCAUUGCCAAGAGGGAUCGUCAAUGACCGUGUACACUAUGUUCAGGGCCCAAGUGCCGAUACCAGACACCACAGGGCUAUGUUAUGGGGAAUACCAGUCGCAGAAACCAAUUAGAGUAAUCAAAUCAAAGCCAGUAGUUGUAGAGUUCGAUACGUCAAUCGAUUUGGCUUGGCUGCUUCCAGCCCAAGACUCGAUUGAAGUGCUCAAUCUGAGGCAAGCAGACGUAAUCUCGCUACACUUGUUGCCUCGCUUCAAGCACUUGAAAGUAUUGUAUUUGUGGAACACAGACCAUGAAGAAAUAUCAGUUCCCGAGAGUUUGGAAAUUCUGAAAACCUGGGACAUUCGAAAGGUGAUCAAUUUCAUUUCACUCAAGAAUCUGGAGAUACUUGUCGCCUACGGUAUAACGUCACGAAUUGCCGACAUCCCAGGUGGAAAUCCCUUGGAAGUAUUCGACGUGGAAAAGUAUGGUUCAGAACACAGGUCAAGAGUAGAAUCUAUCGACUGGAUUGUAGCUGAAAAAUACAACAUGCCUGUGACCAUGUACGACGGCGCUUGA